CUCUACACGCAGAGAUGCCAAUCGCAAUUUAUUCAGUGUGACAACUAGGUGGAGACGGUGUAUUCCCUAGGAAGGCUGGCUGCGGCGCCGAGUUGGCUGUCACGCCCCGCGAACCAGUGGUUCGCAGAGAGCCUUUUGUUUCCCUGCUUGCCCAGUAGUUUUUAAACUUGCUACUGCUUUACAUGUAGCCUUCUUGUGGCACCACAAGCCCCAAAAGAAGGAAGCCUUGACCAUGAAUGUCGCAACUUCAGCAGAGUUCUGCAGCUCGAAGUAUCUAUAAAGGUGUUGUGGUUACUUUAAUAUCAGCACGCACUCAGUAUAGGCCAGCAUGGUCCAAGCCCUUGACUUCUCGGCUGAGCAGUGUGGCGUGCCCUCACUUCUCGGCUGAGCAGUGUAGCGUGCCCUCACUCUGCCCGUUACCCAUCAGACCCUCUUGCGGCAUUUUACCAAGCAACUAGGUGGCUACAAUAGGCAGCUCGGAUGUGCUAGCAGGGGCGCCGCGGCAUCUGCAAUGCCUCGCGCAGGCAUCCGUGCUGAUGGCGCGGGGUCGCGCAGGCAUCUGCCAUCCCUCUGCGCAGGCAUCUGGACUGCCGCGGCGACCCGCCCCAGGCAGCUUCAUACCCCCGCGCACGCAGCCAAAUUUGGCUCGGCAGGGUACCCGGCUCACCCUUACAACCAGAGGCCACCGGCAACUUUUCGGAUUUCCUACCCUCCUUUCACGACCACCACCUCCUCCAUCGACGCAGCACACCAGGGACGCGUGUCCCCCGAAGAGGUCUUUUAAAACAGCACCACAAGUCAUGGGAUUAAUAUUCCUUCGCGCACGGUAUAACAGGAUGCAAUCGAGGAUCUUGGCCCCGGGGCAGGGGCCUGAGGGAGGGGCAAAGCCUGGCGUGGCGAAUCCGCAUGCGUGCACAAUUUUCUUACGAUCUGUGCUAUCCUAUGGAGUAGAAGUUUGGGGGCCUGACGCCCUUUUCUCUCUGUUUGAGGGCACUAGCUACGGAGGCUACGGGCGUAAUGAGGAGAGAGCACUGAGAGCCAAGUGGCGCAAAGCCCGUGUUCUGUUUGACAAAGCCCUCACUGACCCCAUGGUUGCGGUGCAAACCAGCUUCUUAUGCCGCACGGUCGGGGCGAAUCGGCCCACACACAGGUUGCUCUACGCGGAGUUCGCAGCAAUGCCGCUGCAUUUGCACUGGGCGCGUUUGGUAUUUGGUUUCUGGAACCGCAUCAUUCGCCAAAGUAGCUCACUCGCACGCACGUUUCUGGAGGAUGCCCUUGAGGAUGCAAGGGCAGCGGGCUUCAUGCGGGAUUGCUGGGUAAGCAAAAUCUAUAGUGUGUGUAAAGCGCUAGGCUACGACUGGCUCGUGAAGUGCCCUGAAGGUGUGCAGGGCUUACAUGCCUGGGUGAUGCGCACCGAGCUACCGAUUGGUGAGCUACUGGAGGAGUUUACGAAGCGCAUGAUGCAAGAAUGGUCAAUCAGCGGCCUGGACGUAGACCCACGCUCCUUCCCGGAAGCGGAAGGGCGAGGCCGCACAGGUGCACCGGGUGUCAAGAUGUGCCGUUACUUGCAGUGGAUGGGGCUGCCGCAAGCGGAUGCGUUGAUUGAACACGGCAAGCUAGCUCAUAUGCGUGAUUUCGUUCCCUACAAGCACGUAACUGCGCUGAUAAGGUUCAGACUAGGGUGCUGGGACACUGAAGCUAACCGUCCUGUCCGCAAUGGUGUUAGACGAGCGAGGUCGCUGAGAUGGUGCCGGGUGUGUGGAGAAGAGCGUGUGGAGGACGAAAAGCAUGU